AUGGGGGCGUCGGAGAUGACUGUGAGGGUCCUCAACAUCUCCUCGAAGGUGACUCUGCAAGAACUCACCUCCUUUUUCUCCUUCUGUGGCACCGUCGACGAUAUCAAGCUCACUAGGUAGCAGCCCAGCUCUCUCUCUCUCUCUCUCUCUCUCUAUCUAUCUAUCUAUCUAUCUAUCUAUCUAUCUAUCUAUCUAUCUAUCUAUCUAUCUAUCUAUCUAUCUAUCUAACUAUAUAUUAUUCUCUGUAUGUAUAUGUAUAUCUGUCUCUCUAUGUUUCUCUCUCUAGCGCUGAUGAGAGGAACCGGACUCACACCGCUGUGGUCAGCUUCAGACAGCCAUACGCCUUCCAGACUGCUCUCCUCCUUGACGUAAGCAGGAAGACAUGGAAGCGAGGAGCAACUUCCUCUUCGCAUUCAACCGUUACUUCGUUGGUCUGAUCUUCUGCUCGUGUUUGAUAACCAAGGAAUCUUCUCCUUGAAGGGUGCGCUUUUAGCGGAUUGCCAUGUUCGCGUACUCCCCGUCGAGAACUCCGGAGAAACGGUAUCCUCUCUCUCUCUCUCUCUCUCUCUCUCUCUCUCUCUCUCUCGCUCCUCUCUCUCUCCUCUCUCUCUAUCUAUCUAUCUAUCUAUCUAUCUAUCUAUCUAUCUAUCUAUCUCUAUCUAUCUCUCUCGCUAUACAUGAUUCGACGGGUAUGGAAAAAGGGCUACCGUCGGGUGCCGAUCAACGGCGGGGAGAUGGGGGAAAAGCAGAGGAUGAGGCAGGGCGGAAGGGAGCUCCUCCGUCAGGCGAAGACGGCCGCCACGACGGCGGAGCAGGCGGUGGGCCGGGUGGGAACGACGAUCGCCCAGAGCAACUGCUUCACCAAGAGCGCCAUCUGGCUCUCCGGCGUGCUCGACCGGGCUUCCAAGUCCGCCGCCGAGCUCGGCUCCCAGUCGGGUGGACAUGAAACCAGCCUCAGAAAGGCGAAGUGA